CUAUGCUUGUAUGGUGAAAAACGUUGCAGACGUACGUCAGGCAUUAGGUAGGGGCGUACGAGCGAUUUCAGACACACAGCUGUUCUGUCAAAGUCAUAAAUUCCAUACGUCUUACGUUAAGGUUGUGAAUUUAAUGAAAAAAUAAUAAAAUAAUUUAACGAUAUUAACAGAGUAUAUAAGCAAUAGAUUAAAGUAAUAAAACAAUCGAGCGAACACAGCAAAUAACUUAUACAAGUUGUUUCGUUUUUAACAUCAUACGAAUGCGCUUUAAAUCACAAUUUCCACAAAAGUCUUUCAAGUGAUAUCAUGAUAAACAAAAUUUAUUAACAAAAGGGCUACAAAUUUUUAUUGAUAUGAAAGAAAUUAUUAAAGUGCAAUUAACGGAACAUUAUAUGACAAAAUAACAUUUUUGGUUAAACGUGUGCAACCACCUUCUACCUGUAUCAAAUCCAAAAUUGAAAUCAUUGCAACAACAAUUCCGAUAUAGAAUUCCCUGCAAACAACAAGAAAAGCAACAAACAUACGUCGAUAAUUGUGUUGUGUGUUUUCCCAAAUUAUGGUUGGGCAUUUAAAGCAAUCUUCAUCAGUCUAGAAACAAAACAAAAACCUUCAGCUAUUCCUCAAUACAGCACCCCAAAGAGUACACAAUACAUUAUUGUUGAUUACAUUUAACAAAUGAACUUUAUAUGUAGUCUAUGAGCGAUAAAAAAAAAUACUAAUUGGAAUUGAGUUCUUUUGGUCUGUUAUCAACAAGUUUCCCUUUCCGCAAGUAUGCUAUUCUUAGGAAUUGCAGACGCAUUUAUUUAUACAGCUUGUUGGAUACAAAAUGGCCAACAUGGCAAUAAAUUGGCGUGAAUUGUUUCCAACGAAACUUACAUUUCUCAUAUUUAUCCUGUAUAUGUCCCUUUUUAUUGGGCAAGGGAUAUUUGUAACCGCAUCACAGGAAUCCAAUAAUUCAUAUAGUUACAAUACCGUAACAGUGGUUCUUCUAACGGAAGUCUUAAAACUUUUAGUUUCAGCUUCGCUAUAUCUCAGAGAUCACAAUUUUACAUCAUUGGUCAAGGAUGUCCGUAAAGAUUCCAAUGUUAUGUUAUUGUAUUUUGUUCCCGCCCUUCUCUACUGUCUGUACAACAAUUUGGCCUUCGUAAAUCUAUCAACAUUUGACCCCACAACAUAUUAUUUGUUAUUGCAGCUACGAGUUGUCAUAACUGGUAUUUUGUUUCAGAUAAUUUUCAAAAAAUACCUCUCAAAACGACAAUGGAUCUCAUUAGUCUUAUUGACAGUCGGCUGUAUGCUAAAGCAAAUCAACUUUAGCGGUAUCUACAGUGAUAACAACAACAGCAAUAAAGAUGACACAUUGAAAAACCUUGCCGCAACAGAGGCUACAAAAGCACAACACUUUAGCCAGAAAAAUAUGAAUGGUUUUGAUUUUAGCAUAAGUGCUUUGCUUAUAUUGGCCCAGACCAUAUUCUCGUGUCUUGCCGGUGUCUACAAUGAAUAUCUGCUGAAAGACAAGGGAUCCGACGUAAAUAUAUUUGUGCAGAAUGUUUUCAUGUAUUUGGAUUCGAUUGUAUGCAAUGUUGUCAUACUUUUGCUGCAGGGCGAUCUAUUCUCCGCCUUUACGGCCGAUAGUCUGCAGGCAAUAUUUCGCUUUAAGGUCAUUAUCAUUAUUGUAAAUAAUGCCGCCAUCGGUAUUGUGACAAGUUUCUUUUUGAAAUACAUGAAUUCAAUAUUGAAGACAUUUGCCAGUGCAUUGGAGCUAAUGUUUACGGCGGUCUUGUGUUAUUUCCUCUUCGCCAUACCCAUUUAUAUUAAUACAGCCUUGGCCAUUGCGGUGGUGUCGUUUGCCAUUUAUUUGUAUUCUCAAAGUCCGGUGGUGAAUUUGGGUAAAGUACGACCGCCGACAAGUGUCAGUGAUUUAAAGUCAUCGUCACAAGACCGUAAGAAAUUGUUGGAUGAUGAAGAUACUGAUUUGGAAAUGGACAUGGUGUAGUAGUCAAUUUGUUUUAGUUGUAUACAUUUUAAGUACAUGAACUACUGUAUUGUAUUCUAUUUUUUAAUAUUAUUAUUUUUAUUUUAUUUUUAUGUUAAUGUUUUAUUGUUUUUCCAUACCUUUAGUUUCAUCAAACAAUGUAGGUUUAUAUUUUACAGAUGCCGGUAUUAAUUGUCCUGAUUAUCUGCACCUAUAUAAUCCCUUUUAUGUUUUGUUUUUUAUUCCGGCUUAUCAUCUUUGGCUCCUUCAUGGAGUUACCGAAAUUGAUGUUUAUUAAAUCCUAUUGCAAUUUUUUUUUGUGAAUAAGUUUAAUUUAGUUAUAACCUUAGUUAUAGACACAUAUGUUAAUUGUGUGCUGUUUAUUUGUUUUUAAUUUGAAAAUGCUCUCUUCUUUUCAUAAGAAAAAUAUUAUUAAUUAUUAAAAAAGAAAAUCUUUCCAGUAAAAUAGCCAUUGUUUAAGUAUGUUGGUCAUAAUUGUUAUACCCUACACCACAAGGUGGUCAGGGUAUUAUGUCUUUGUGCAUUUGUUCCUUUUGAUGAUCCGCAUAGAAUCACAUUCUGAGUCGAUUUAUGCAUGUCCGUCCGUCCGUCCGUCUUACCAUAUAUUUUUGUAAACAAAGUACAGGUCGCAUUUAUUGCCCGAUUCCGAUGAAAUUUUGCACAAAUAAGGACGAACCCUAUUGGAAAUAAUCGGUCAAAAUUUAGGUAUAGCUCCCAUAUAUAUUUUCGUCCAAUUUGCCUUAUAUUGUGCACCAAACUUGUAAUAUCACCCCAAAUAGUAUGUAAUUUUGCACGUACAACCAAAUUGGACCUGAUAAUAGGUAUGUCAAAUUUGAUCGAAAUCGGUUGAGAUAUAGAUAUAUCUCCCAUAUAUAUCGUUCGUCCGAUUUGUUAUUUUUGUCCUCCGCAGCCGUAUUAUGCACUCUGCAACAACGAUAUUUGGGGAAAUAUAUCAAAUACAGCUAAGAAAUACCUUUUCCAAAUUUUAUCGAGAUCGGUUAAUACUUUGAUAUAGCUUUCAUAUAUAUCUUCGUCCGAUUCGCCUUGGAAUGGAAUUUGGUAGUACCAAAUUGAGUCGAGAAACCAGUAUGUCUAAUUUGGUGGAAAUCGGUUCAGAUAUAGCUAUAGCUCCCAUACAUAUUGUUCAUCUGAUUUGUUUAAUUUGCCCUACAUAGCCGUAAUAUGGACUCCGUGGAAACGAUAUUCGGGGAAAUAUAUCAAAUACAGCUCAGAAAUACCUUUGCCAAAUUUUAUCGAGAUUUUGUUAUAGCUCUCAUAUAUAUCUAUCCGAUUUCAAGUUAAUUGUACACCAAAUGGAUAAUACAAGCCCGAAUUGAAAAGGCACAAAUGCCUCGACAAAUUUAGUAGAAAUCAAUUCAAAGGAGGAUAUUCCUCCCAUACAUUAGUUCCUUUGGACUUUUAAUUAUUACUAUAAUCAUUGCGGGUAUAAUUUAAUUCUCACAAAUUCCCCAUUAAAACUUUGAUUUGUUAUGUUGAGCUCUACUAAAUAUGCAAAGUGGUGUAGGGUAUUAAAAGUCGGCUCCGUCCGACUUUAAGACUUUCUUUACUGGUUUUCCUUCUGCUUUAAGAAGCUAGAAAUUAGCAAAUUGUUUGCCAUUGUCUCAGUUUUGAGUAGAUUAUUUUUUUAAUUACUCAACUUUCAUUUAUGUCCAUCUUGGAAAUAAUACAUUUAAUUGGUUUACCUUACGUCUUCAGAGAAAUAAAACGCUAUAAAUGACGAAUUUUCCCCUUCAUAUCCUCCUCCUCCUCGCAUUAUUUUUCGUUGUAUUACACAUGUUUCAUUUGAUUUUAGGCGAGGUAAGACAUAUUGUAAUUACAUAUGUUAACAUUAGUUAUUUCUCUUAUGAUUUGUUAAAACAAAGACUUAUUUUUAAGAUAUAAAAUUAAAAAAAAAACAACUUCUGAGAUAUAGAAACUCUAUACUGGCAAUAGAAUGAGAUUUUUGCUAGCCUUAUUUAACCAAAGUCUAAUGAUAUUUGUAAAAUUGAGUUUUUAUAAUUGCAAAUAAAAAAAUAAAACAUUUUACUAUUUUA